GUAUCACUGACUGUCACACCAACCACUAAACAGGAAUAACAGCUUAUCUUUUUUUUAAACGGAGUUGUAAUGUUAUGCAUUUCGGUUCUAGAAGCCCUGGAUAAAUCUGGUUUGGUGAAGCUCAGUGGGGAUGACACUUAAGAGACACAUUUUCUGUUGUGUAACGUUAACUUGGGCUUAAAUGUAAGUAUUGAGGUGAGUUGCUGAGGAAUGCCGCUCGAGACGCGCUCGUCGUCGCGUGUGGAGUACAGCGCGGUUGGAGAGGGACUCGGGAUGCGGGACUUCUGGCUCUAUGUGUGGCUGCGCAGAGUGUCUGUGGUCGCUGCGCACAUCAUUUCCCUCGGCCUGAUCAUUAUCAUUUCCAUACUGUCCAGACCAGGAACAAGUCUUUUCUCUUGGCAUCCCGUCUGCAUGUCACUUGGGUUUUGCCUGUGUAUGACUGAAGGGAUCCUGCUUUUCUCCGCUGAGGGAAACCCGUUCUGCUUCAAAUCCCGUAAGUGGAAGGUCCGCCUGCACUGGUUCUUUCAGGCCCUGCUGCUGGUGUGUGGCGCUACAGGAUUCGGCUUCAUGGUGGCCAGUAAGAACAUAAAGGAGCAUUCGCACUUCACCUCCUGGCACAGCCUGCUGGGAGUCACUACGAUGGCUGCUACUGUCCUGCAGGCCAUGUGUGGCGUCUUUCUCCUGUUCCCCAAACUCAUCAGCACUUACUCGUUUCCUCGGUGGAGACUGUAUCACGCCACCUGUGGUCUGGUGGCCUACCUGCUGGCCACCGUCACGGUCAUGUCAGCCAUGUUUACAGACUGGUUUCAGGCCUCGGUGACAGGCCCUAUCUGGUAUAUCUUCCUACUCCUCCCACUUUUUCCCGCCUUAGUGGUGAUGAACCAAAUCACUAGUGCCUUCCUGCCCAAAAAGAAGAUUACUAGUUGAAAACUA